CAUUAGUUGCAAUUAUAAAUUGUGUACAAUAAAAUAUAUAAAUCAUACUGAAAGUCUUGGAAUGAAAUUUAUCGUAGCCCUUACGCUGGCGCUGGCUCUGUUGGGUCUGCAGGAUGUGAGCGCCAGGUCUGUGCUGGGCGAACUCGGCCAAGCCUUUGGCAAUUUCGGCAAUCAGAUUGGACAGGAAGCCUCAAGCUUUGGCAAUGCCGUGGGCCAGGCGGCCUCACAGUUCGGCAAUGAUGUAGGCCAAGAUGCAAGCAAUCUGAACAGCUCUGCGGUUGGACAAGACGCCUCCAAUUUCGGCAACGCAUUGGGCCAGGCAGCCUCGCAGUUUGGCAAUGAUGUGGGCCAAACCGCCAACAAUCUCGGCAACUCAGUUGGCAAUGAAGGUGGCACAAUUGGUUCCGAUGCGUCCAAUGUGGCACAUAAUGUAGCCUCUGAUGCCUCCAAUCUGGCGCACAAUGUAGCCUCUGAUGCUUCCAAUGUGGCUCACAGCGUGGCGAAUUCGGCCUCUAAUAUUGCAAGUUCUGCUUCCAAUGCAGCUAACAGCGUUGCAAACUCUGCUUCUAGUGCAGCUAACAACGUGGCAAACUCUGCUUCCAAUGCUGCUAACAGCGUUGCAAACUCUGCUUCCAAUGCAGCUAACAGCGUUGCAAACUCUGCUUCCAAUGCAGCUAACAGCGUUGCAAACUCUGCUUCCAGUGCUGCUAACAACGUGGCAAAUUCUGCAUCCAAUGCUGCUAACAACGUAGCAAACUCUGCUACCAAUGCUGCUAAUAAUGUAGCAUCCGAUGCUUCCAGUGCAGCUCAUUCUUUGACAUCCGAUGCUUCCAAUGUGGGAAACAAUGUGGCAUCCAACGCCACCAAUGUGGCAAAUAAUGUUGCUUCCGAUGCUGCCAACGCUGUUACCAAUAUCGCUUCAGAUGCCGCAGGUGCUGCUGUUAACAUUGUAGGCGAUGCCACACAUGUGGCUGAAGGCGUGGCUGAUGGCGCCCUAAAUGUUGCCAACAGUGUGGUCAAUGGAAUCGCCCACUUAUUUUAGUGGACUUCUAUAUCAAUUGUAAACACUGAUCUACACACAUAUUAACGCGUAUCCUUAUAAUUAAAAAUAAAACUAUUAUUGCGAGCACUAA